CUUCAUCAAUCCUUCCGAAUAUUCCUUUCUUCCAUUUUCUCGAUUCCACAUUUACAGACAUGCAUAUAUAUAUGUACAGGGCACACUGCAAAUCUCCUUCUACUCCUACCCACAUACACAAAGAUGAAGUUUUGGAAGAUUCUGAGGAAAUUGCUCGAUGAGAUGUUCCCCGAUUGGCAAGACAAGUUCAUAUCCUACAAAGAUUUGAAGAAGGAGCUUAAUUCCAUCUCUCCCAUGGAUGAAUCUGCGAGAAGUGUUGUGGAUGAAGGCGGCGAGAGGCCGACCAAGAUGCGCAGACUGUUGGGAGAUGAUCAGUCGGGCGAAUGGAACGUGACCAAGGAGAUGAAAGAUUUCGUGAAACUUUUAGAAGCAGAGAUUAAGAAAUUUAAUGGGUUUUUCAUGGAUCAAGAGGAAGAGUAUAUCAUCAAAUUAAAGUUGCUGAAGGAUGAUAUUGCUGAGGCAGAUAAUUCGAAAGAAGAGCUGAUGAAAGUAGGAAGGAAACUCGUAGAUUUUCACGGGGAAAUGAUCUUGUUGGAGAAUUACAGUGCUCUUAACUAUACAGGUGUCUACUCUAUAACUAUAAGCUAUUCAUAUGGUAAAUGUUUACUGAAGAUUUUAAAGAAGUAUGAUAAGAAAAGCGGCGACCUGAUUCGACUGCCUUUCAUCCAGAAGGUUCUGCACGAGCCAUUUUUCAGGACCGAGGUUCUGAACAAACUAGUAAAGGAGUGUGAGAUGAUGAUCAAUCGCAUCUUCUCACGGCACGAGCAGUUGGGCCCACGAGAAGCUGCUUACAGUGACCAGCCAGUGGAGAAGGAUUCUCAAAAACUCAGAGUUCCAGAAGAGCUUUCAGAAAUUGAAUGCAUGGAGAACAUGUAUUUAAGGCUAACGGUAUCGGCCUUGAGGACUCUCAAGGAACUUAGAAAGGGAAGCUCCACCGUUAGCAUGUUCUCUUUGCCGCCAAUGCAAGGCACUGAGUUUGAUGAUUUUGGGAAGUUUAGUCCGGCCAUAAACCAAGUAGCUCGAUGAAUUGUGGAGUUAAAGCCGGCUUCCAAUUGCUUGGUCUUUUAGAUUUUUGGGUAAAUUAGAUUGUAACAGAUGUGCCACAGAACUAUAUCUGAUCAGAUGUUGUGAAAAACAGGAAAAAAGUUUUGCUUUUGCCCAUUAGAUUGUACUUUAAUAAUGUAAUGUUAUUGACAAGUUGCAAAAUGUGGUGCCAGAACAGAACAUCUGAUGUUUUUUGCAGCAACUUUGGUGUAUAUUGUUAGGACUAUGUGUACUUUCUUUUUUACUUUCAUGAAGUAUUUGAUUGGAUUUUUGCCAUUCGAAUAACACCAAAAAGUACCAUUUCCACAUAUAUAUUUGUCUAACUUCUUACGAAAUGAUCACAUUAUGUCCA